AUGGAGGUGGGGGAAGUAAAGAGGGAAAAGGGGAAGGAGCCGGAGAAAGAGAAAACUCAGCAAAAAGGAAAGGAGGAGAAAAACAAAAAGAAGGUGAAGGAGAAAAUCAAGGAGAACGAAAAGGGGAAGGAGGAGAAGAUUAAGGAAAAGAACGGGAAGGAGAAAAAAGAAAAGGGGAAGGAGGAGAAAAUUAAGGAGGUGAACGGGAAGGAGAGAAAAGGGGGGAAGGAGGAGAAAAUUAAGGAGAAGGCGAACAGGAAGGGGGAGAAAAGUAAGAGAAAUGAGGAUGAAAAGAGGCAAGAGCGGGAGACGGAGAAAGAGAAGCAGCAAUUCAAGGAAAAAGAAGAGAAAGACAAGGACAACAGCACGUUGAUAAAAAUCCCGCUGGCGCCGCUGGAGAAAAAUAAGCAGAUCCUAGUGCUGGGCCUGGAUGGGGCAGGAAAGACCAGUAUUCUCCACUUUCUUGCUUUAAACCGAGUCCAGCGCAGUGUGGCCCCCACCCAAGGUUUCAAUGCAGUGUGCAUCAGCACCCAGGACCACCAGAUGGAGUUCCUGGAGAUUGGCGGCAGCGAACCUUUCCGUUGCUAUUGGGAAAUGUACCUGUCCAAGGGCUUGCUGCUGGUAUUUGUGGUGGAUUCAGCAGAUCACAAAAGAUUACCUGAAGCCAAGAAAUACCUUCAUCAACUAAUUGGAACAAACCCAGUCCUUCCUCUGGUUGUGUUUGCAAACAAACAGGAUCUUGAAGCAGCCUAUCACAUUACAGAUAUCCAUGAAGCUCUGGCAUUAUCUGAGGUGGGAAAUGACAGGAAGAUGUUCUUGUUCGGAACCCAGGUGACUGAGAGCGGCUCAGAGAUACCUUCCAUCAUGCAGGAUGCCAGAGACCUAAUUGCACAGCUGGCUGCAGACACGAAUGACCAGGCGUAG